AUGGAUUCGAGGAACUCUAAUCUAAAACCGUUUGUUAUCUUUUGUGCUAUGAUUGCAUCCCUGGGUACUUUUAACUCUGGUUUCAAUACAUCUGCACUCAAUAUUCCUGGGCAUGCUGUUAGAGAAUGUCCGGGAGUUGCUUCUGGUGUAGUUACAUACUAUCCAAACUCUCCACUACCCCAAUGUAUUCCCAUGUCAGAUUGGAUUUGGGGUGUCGCUACGGGUAUGUUUGCUGUCGGUGGUCUUAUCGGUGCCAUGUCCAACAGUUAUUUGAUCAAUAAAUUUGGACGUCGUGACUCCAUGAUCAUGAUGAAUGCUAACUUCUUUAUCGGUGCCGUACUUUUAUCUGUGGCUACCACGUCUGCUCAAUUUGCUAUUGGUCGUAUCUUUGUCGGUAUUGGUUCAGGUUUCAUGACAUGCGUAAUUAGUGUUUAUGUUUCUGAAAUCUCUCCACCCAAGUUCCGUGGUGCGCUUACAUCCAUUCUUCAGUUGUUUACCACGCUUGGUAUUCUGAUUAUCGAAUGUAUCUCACUUGGUCUGGAUUCUGCUAUUGGAUGGCGUAUUAUUGUCGUGAUUACGGUGGCUCCCGCUAUUAUUCAAAUGGUACUGCUUCCCUUUUGUGCAAGAUCACCUCGUUGGUUAAUUAAUGAAAACCGAAUUGAUGAGGCUCGAGCAGAGUUCCUUCGACUUCGAAAUGGCGACGUGGAUGCCGAAUUUAACGAUAUGAUUCUUGGUAUUACCAAGGGUAAGGGUAAUACGGACAAGUCGCCUGACAAAAUAAAUACAACGGAUGCUGAUGGGUUCGAUAAUACACCCACUAACAAGGAAGCCGGUGAAGAUGCUGCUGCUAACUUUGAAUCGGAAGCUCAACUUAACAUCAUCCAAGUUAUGUCUAUUCCUGUCUUGGCUUCUGUCUGUAUGAAGAUUUUUGUGGUCCAUGCUUGUUCUCAAUUGACGGGUAUCAACGCUAUUAUGUACUAUUCAACCUCUAUUUUCGAACUCUCCUUUGGAAAUAAUGCAAAGUAUGUUACCAUUGGUGUUGCUGCUUUAAAUGUAGUCGUUACGGUAGUAGGACUUUCCUUAAUUGAUCGUCUUGGACGUAAGACACUCUUAUUGAUUUCAAUUGCUGGUAUGUGUAUCUGGUGUGUCAUUAUGACCAUUGCCAUGCGUUUCUUGGUAGGUGCACUUCAAGUUGUUUGUAUUAUGCUCUACGUUGCUUCCUAUGCUGUUGGUUAUGGUAUGAUUCCCUUUGUACUUAACGGAGAAUCCUUCCCUACAUACGCAGUGGGUGCAGCUUCCUCUGCUUGUUUAGCCAUCAAUUGGCUUUUCAAUUUCGUCAUUGGUUUAAUUUUCCCUACCUUAUUGGCAGCUUGUGGACCAUAUGUGUUCUUGAUUUUUGCAGGACUCAGUUUGUUUGUUUUCCUAUUUGUAUUAGCCUUUAUCCCAGAGACCAAGCAAAAGUCUCUUGAUGAAAUUGGUCGACAACUUGGGUGGUACGGCAUUGAUGUAGCCGAGGCUCUGAAUCGAAAAAAGAAUAAGACCAAGAUUUAA